UGGGCCUUAGAGGUUUCCUCCACUCAGACACUGCCUCCCGUCCCAACACAAACAAAGCUACACUAUGCACUCAGUGUAAUAGAUAGAGACUACUAAUAUGGUUCAGACAGGGGCUGAUCUGUGUCCCAUGUUCCUCUUCCAUGUCCUUGGCCAUGUUUAAGCUUCUGGGUCUAGCUUCAGAGAGAGUGAUUAUUUAGAUUAAGAUUGAGUGUUUUUGUUGUUGGGUGGGGGGAGAUGAAUGGUGGCGGCGGCGGUGGGACAGGAAUGUCGACUGGGGUGAUGGCAAUGAGGUCUCCUUUUACAGUGUCUCAGUGGCAGGAACUGGAACACCAAGCUUUGAUCUUUAAGUACAUGAUGGCAGGUUUGCCUGUGCCACCUGAUCUUGUGCUUCCCAUUCAGAAGAGCUUUGAAUCCAUUUCUCAUAGGUUCUUCCACCAUCCCACCAUGGGCUAUUGUGCUUUCUAUGGGAAGAAGGUGGACCCUGAGCCAGGACGAUGCAGGAGGACUGAUGGAAAGAAAUGGAGGUGCUCCAAAGACGCGUACCCGGACUCUAAGUACUGUGAGCGCCACAUGCACCGUGGCCGCAACCGUUCAAGAAAGCCUGUGGAAUCACAAUCCAUGACACAGUCAUCACCUACUGUGACAUCACUGACUGUUACUGGAGCAACUGCGGGAGCUGGAAGCUUCCAGAACCUCCCGCUACAUUCGUAUGGUAAUAUGCAAGGGUCUGGCUCUGGAACCAGCCUAUCCAAUGUGGAUUCCAUUCCCUUUGGAAUCCCAAGCAAAGAUUACAGGUAUCUUCAAGGGCUUAAUCCCGAGAUUGGUGAGCGUAGCUUCUUCACCCAGAAUUCAGGAAGCAAUAGGGGCCUCCAGAUGGACUCAACACUAGACAAUUCAUGGCCAGUGCUGCCAUCAACAGUCUCUUCAUUUCCAUCUUCAAAACCAAGUGCCAGCCUGAUGAUGCAGCACGACUAUCCACAGCACUCAUUUUUCGGUGGUGAAUUUGCCUCGGGAGAGACUCUGAAACAACCGGAGGCCCAUUCUCUUCGACCUUUCUUUGAUGAGUGGCCUAAGACUCGGGAUUCUUGGUCUGGUCUUGAUGGGGAGAGAUCCAACCACGCCUCAUUCUCCACGACCCAGCUCUCGAUGUCCAUUCCAAUGUCGUCAUCAGACUUCUCCGCUACAAGUUCUCGAUCCUCGACAUGAUAAUGCGAGACUGUUCAUUAGGAAUUUCAACAGCUCCUAUUGCACAAAGCCGUUACCAAGUCAAGAAAUGAUCAGUAGUUUUGCGUCCGGAAAAACUGAUCCGAUCCCUUGAACAUGUUUCUAUUUUAUUCCAAAACUCGGGUUUAUCUACGUUGUUGGUUGUGUAAUACAUUAUACUAUAGAUUCUCGAGCUCCGGAUUUGGAUUUCGAAUAAGAACGAACUCGAGCAGGUGGUUUAGAGAUUUCAUAAAAUUGUGUUUGUGGGUUGGUUGAAAAAGAGCAAGCCUUUUUCUUCUUAGUUUUGUUUGGUUUUUGAUGAAUGGCUUAGAUGAACAUUAUUUGCAC